AUGAGUUCAUCGAAUGUCCACGCGCCCUGCAGAAAAUAACCGCUUGAUCAGGAGCCGCUGAGUUGAACCAGAGCAGACCGGUCCAGCGCGAGCCGGGCAGCGCGAGCCGUGUAGCGCGAGCGAGCUCCUCCACACACCGCACUCGCUUCAGCUGAGCCUCAGUAUGGUGAAAAAGAGCAGGGGUCCUGUCACAUACGCUAAAAUGAAGGGCAUAAUCUCAUACUUCGCUGCUUUAAUCAGAGAGAGAAAACAUGGUUCCGCUGACCUGCUACAGAAGCUUGGGACCCAAAUUCCAGUCUAUCAGCACAGUACAGAUUCAGAGGGUUUUCUGAGACCAGAAGCCAGGUUGUCUGAUGAGUCUGCAGCAGCUGCACAGUGCUUCACCAGUACAGCACAGGAGCUGCGAAGGUCUCGGGUUUCAGCAGCAGAUUUUGACUACUUGAAGGUGAUUGGGACAGGCAGUUUUGGCGAGGUUCUUUUAGCAAAAUAUAAGGAGAACAACAGAUACUAUGCAGUCAAAGUUUUACAGAAGCACAUCAUCCUGAACAAAGAGGCAGAAGGAAACAUCAUGUGUGAGCGUAAUGUGCUAGUGAAAACUCUGAAUCAUCCUUUCUUGGUGAGACUUCACUUCAGCUUUCAGACCAAAGAGAGACUCUGUCUAGUGUUGGACUAUGCAAGUGGUGGAGAGCUCUUUUACCACCUCCAAAAUGAGCGUGUGUUCAGGGAGCCCAGAGCCAGAUUCUACGCUGCAGAAAUGGCCAGUGCACUAGGAUACUUACAUUCACUGCAUAUUAUUUACAGGGACCUGAAACCAGAGAACAUCUUGCUCGACUCUGAAGGCCAUGUGGUCCUAACAGACUUUGGCUUGUGUAAAGAGGGCAUAGUGGGACGUGCAACCACCAAAACCUUUUGUGGAACUCCUGAAUACCUGGCGCCCGAGGUUCUCCAACAGCACGAGUACGACCGUACUGUGGACUGGUGGGGGCUUGGAGCUGUUCUGCACGAAAUGCUUUAUGGUCUGCCACCUUUUUACAGUGCAGACCGCAUAAAGAUGUUAGGCAAUAUAAUUUAUCAACCACUGGACCUUAAGGCUGGAGUGUCCAAGGCUGGAAGAGAUUUUCUCAAAAGCCUGCUACACAAAGACAGAUCUAAGAGACUAGGAGCCAAACAUGACAUGGACGAGCUGAAGCAGCACUCAUUCUUUUCCUCUAUCCAGUGGGAUGACCUUGUGGCAAAGAAAAUCCCACCCCCCUUCGUUCCCUCACUGUCUGGCCCUGAUGACUUGACAAACAUUAAUCCUGCGUUCACAAGACUUCCUGUCCCAGAGUCUCUGGGUGUGUGUGAGGAGGCUGGGGUAACCUUCCCUGGCUUCAGCUACGUGAGUGAAAACAUCUCAUCAGUGUCCACGUAGAUAAUACUGAAAUAAUCAAAUCACAAUGCUCAGACAUGUGAUCAACAAACUGAAAUCAAGCCUGCCUCCUGGAAAACUGACCAUGAUUAUACCUCUCAGAGUGGAUAUAGAUGUUUACCUAAAAGUUCAAAUGCAACGUUUCUUAUUAUUUUCAUUUAUUUAUUAUUUUCUGGAUGCCAUUUGGACCAUUGCGUUGCUGCUGCACUGUUGUCAGUCCUGAAAUCAGUGAAUCAACUAUGUUAAUUUAAUUUACAUUUUUGUAUUUGUGUAUUUUAUCUUGCAUACUUUUUGGAUGAUUCUAUCAAGUGAUAUAUUUACAGUGAAACUGUAUUCACAGAUUUGUACAUAAAUUCUGCAAUUA